AUGGCCGAGCGAGGGGAUCUCCAGAGCCGCGACGAAGCCGGGGCUUCCUUCCCUCUCCUGCAAGCCCGACCAGCUGCUGGGAAUGUGCCGCUCCACAUAGACCACGCCUCGCCCGCCUCGCGCGAGCCCAGCCAGACGCGCGGAAGGGCCCUGACGGCCUCGUCACGAACAAUUACGUCUCGGUCGCAGACGCCCGCCGUAAAAGGCGCAAGUAGCAGUUCGAGCCCCGACCGCACCCUGGCCACGCUCGAACGCAAACCCUCGGGCUCUUACGCCCACAAUCGCAACACCUCCAUCGUCCACGGCAUACAGCACUCGCGGAACACCAGCUUCGUCAACUCGCCCGCCACGAGCCCCCUGAGCCCCCACGUCAUCGCUGCCGCUGCCGCUGCCGCCGCCCCCAGUGCCUCCCUCGAUGGAGCCGUCAUGUCGCAAGAAUCUAUAGCCGAAGCCUUUGCUGCAAACGGCAUGCAGCCUGGCGCCGGCCCCGGACACCCAUAUGGCAGCCCUCCAGUCCAGCCGCUGCCCGCCGACGCCUAUGCCUCGCACCGCAAGCCAGAGCGGGCGCCCAGCUCGAGGUCCUCGCGCAAAGGCCACAACCACCAUCGCUCCCAAUCGCGGCACCCCCAGCACCCCCACGAGCUCAAGACGGUGGGCGAGUAUGCCCUGCACCACCUCUUCAACUCCUUCAUCAGCCAGGCCGAGCACAAGAUCAACCAGUGCAUGACCGACAGAGGCCAGCCCGAGGUCAGGGUCGAGGCUGUGUGCGGCCCCGGGGUAGACCCCACCUUUGACCAGCUCAUAGCCGCCCUGGGGCACAUUGCUCGCCAGAAGCCCAAGCCCCUUAUAGACACGAUAAUGCUAUGGCGGAAGGCUAAGAGUGAGGAGGCGUCCAAGCAGCGCACCCUGCUACUCAAUGCCCGGCAAGCCAGCCCAGUAGUACCCCAUCCGCAUCCCGCGCUAUCCCGACGGAACACAGAGUCGACACACCAUGCAGAGAACCCGUCCAUGUCCUCGAUAACGUCGCCCACCGAGCACAUCGUUGCUCUACAGCACACGGUGACGCAGGCCGAGCAGCGCUCCACCGUGUCGACCUACAUCCUCUGCCGCGUCUUGAUUGAAAUCAUGACGCAAACAGACAUUCAGAAUCUCACUUUUGAAAUGGCUGAUCGCCUGUUGGGUCUGUUCUACGGCCAACUGAGCACCGUCGACCCGGAGCUGGUGGAUAUCUCGCCCCUUAACCUGGCCAACUGGACCAUUUACAGCCAAUUGCUUGGCGUGUUGAGCGGCCUCAUCUUUGAGCAGGUGCAGGACAGAUUUAUUGCCGACUUGAAGUUCAUCGACGGCCAGCUGGCUGUGAAGAAUCAGUACAACCGGGACCAUGAGGCCAAGGGUGCCUUGCUGAUCCGCGCGCUAAGACACAUGAAGGUCGACUCUUACCCCGACGACGUCUGGGACCGGACAUGUGACUUCAUGCUUUCCAUGGCCAAGCUCUUCACCAGUGCCCAUGGCCAGCCGGUAAAGUAUGCCUACUGUCAGGUGUUGCGGGAACUCUUGCUGCGCGUUGCCUCCAAAGCCACAAUCGAGCUCAAUACACCCAAAUGGAAGGCCGUCAUCGAGGUGAUGAAACAGCGCGCUGCCAUACUGCUUGGCAAACCCAAGCAUUGGCACGAAGCGUUUCCCCUCAUGGCGGGUAUUCUAUGCGCCUCCCCCACAGAUGUCUUUCUUUCUCAAUGGCUCGCGCUGGCCCUGUCGACGCAACCUAGACUCAAGGAACGUGCCACCAGACCCAUCGCCCUUCGAGGUAUAUGUCGCCUUGUGUGGACCUACAUAUAUCGACGAGGUACCGAGGCCCCCAACGUCGCUGUGCGCCGACUGGAUGAAAUCAUACGCAUGGUGUUCUUGCCUGGAAGACGAUCCUAUCUUUCCACCGAACCGGUCAUAGCAGAACCUUUGAUACAACUCACGCGCAUCAUUGGCUACAAGUAUCAGGACCUCUGCUUCAAGACAAUCAUAUUCCCGCUACUCCACUCAGAAAUGUUCAUGUCCGGUCGGGAGCUGCGCGUCGAGAACCUUGAGCCCGAUCGCAUGGUCAUCGGUAUCCGCUCAUUCCUCGCCAUCAUGGCAGACCUCGAGAACACUGCGCAGCCUCCGUUCCCAUUGACCUUUGACUACGAUCCCAAUGCAAUGUCGAACGAACUCCCUGCUGUCCCCAACAGCCCGCGGCCUAUGCAUCCUCUCCCGAUAAAAUCAAGCCUCCUCAAGGAAGAGCGUCUUUCUCGCCCUGUCGAUUUUAGUGGGUUUACCGAAGUAGCCAAGGAGCACUAUGUCCGAUUCUGCAAAAUCUUGGGCGAAAUUACCAUUAUUUGCGACAACGCAUUUGGUGGACAGGCCGUGCUGGACGAAAAGUUCUCUGUGCAGACUCCAAAGACGCCCAUGGCCGAAGCCUUUAGCUUUAGCCGCCGUGAGGAUUUUCUAAGUACUACGGACCCCCGACAAGGCUUCUAUGACCUGCUGCAUGUCGCUGUGCAGGCUCUCCCUCGCUGCUUGUCUCCGCACAUUCCGUUCAACUCUCUCGUCAAUCUGCUGUGCACUGGCACUGCUCACGUUCAAGGAAGCAUUGCCGUGUCUUCCGCUCAAUCGCUCAAAUCUAUAGCACGACAGUCUCAUGCACAACAAGUAACAAUUGGCUUUGCACGAUUCAUCUUCAACUUCGACGACCGGUAUGCUACCAUGUCCGAUGGUGGCAUGCUCGGAGCUGGACAUAUCGAGAACACACUGAAGCUCUAUGUGGAGCUACUCCAGAUAUGGAUUGAAGAAAUCAAGCAAAAGACACGCAAAGCAGCAUUGGACACACCAGAUGAUGGCUCCGGUAACCGCGCUGCCCAGCUUGACCUCUCGUCUGUCUGGGCCUACGUAGACGAGGUCGAGUCUCAUGGUCUUUUUUUUCUGUGCUCGCCUUCCCGCCGUGUCCGUUCGUACGCCGUUACCGUCCUCCGCCUCAUUACCGAGUUCGACAAGGCUCUGGGAGGCUCAAAUCCCAGAAUCAUCCGCGUCAUGGAGGGCAGUCCCCAAAGAGUCCUGGAUAUUAGUGACAACACAUUGUCUUUGGCCGAGCGAAGCCGCCUGCAACGCGGCAUGCGCAAGAGUAAUGUGCAGAGUACGCUCGUGGAGCUCUGUGGCAGUGACAUACCCUAUGACUCUACUCUAUGGUUCAAGAUUUUUCCAAAUCUGGUACGCAUCAGUUUUGAAGCUUGUCCCUUCGCUGCGACGCUCACUCGGGACAUUGUUUGCGCAAGACUGUCUCAAAUGUAUCGGACGCUAUCUUCCUUGGCCGAAGGACAACGCUCAACCCCUUACUCGCCGCAUGAACCUGCCACCAGCAGACCCACUGGCCGUCUUGCUUCCACGGCCCCUGGGAUUGUGGUUGAACAGUGGAAGCUCUACCUCAUCUUUGCUUUCACAACGUUGACCAGCUUGGGCGCAAAAGGCGUCUCGACCACCCAAGGGCAACACUCGAGAAAGAGUUCCAAGUCUUCUCAGUCGAGCACGAAUAAGAUGCACAGCGCUACAGAACUUUUUUCAAAGGUUCUACCAUUCUUAUCGGUCGAAAACAGUGCUAUACGAGAUGCUGCCGUCAUCGGUCUGGGGUCGGUCAACCUCAACCUUUACCGCACGCUGCUCGAAUCGCUUCAAGGUAUCGUGGCUGCUUGCUCCGAGGAAGCUAAGAUGCGUUUGGGCAACCACAAUAGGACCAUUAGCAGCCCGCGACCUAUGAACUAUCGAACGGACCAUCUUCGAACCGAGAUCACGCAUGUGUACAAGUUGACGGCGCAGCACUUUCUCAGGUCGCCCGAGGCUUACAACGACGAUUGGAUUAUCAACAACCUCAUGAACUACACCAAGGACCUUAGAAUAUUCCUCAGCGACACAGAAGUUCAGCUCGAGGCACGUUACCAGAAGCUACGAACACACUACUGUGGUCUGGUGGAAGUUCUUUUUGAAGGCAUCAACAAGACAUCGGAUCCUCUUCACUGGAUGCCAUUCCAAGCUCGCAAAGCUGCUUUUACGUUGAUGGAAGAUUGGUGCGGCUAUUCUGCGAACCAACAUCAAGUCCGACAGCGUGAGGAACAAAUGCGCCGCACCAUGCUCGAUCGAGAAAUCGACACAGGCAACAAGGGCAGUGCGACAGCAGCGCUGGAGAUUGAAAAAAGAGACCUUCGGACUGCAGCGUUGAGCGCCAUGGCCGCACUCUGUGGGGGGCCCGUCAGUAUCACGACAGAUAGUAAGGUCCUUCUGCAGUUUGACGUUAUGCGCAUUCUCUCCUGGAUACAAAGCAUUUUCGAGACGCCUAGCGACCGGACGCACGCUAUUGGGCGCCGCGCGCUUACGAAUCUCAUCCUCCAUAAUCGCGAGCAUCCAUUCUUGUUGGACAAGGCAAUCGAGAUGUGCUAUCUUGCUGCUUCUGGAAAGGCUCUCGAAAGCUAUUUCGAGGUCGUGACUCAAGUCCUCACGCAACAUGAAGACUACACUCUGCCGUUCUGGAAAGUGCUCAGUGCGGGUCUGUACACGCUGGGCCAUGAAAAUAGCCAGAUACGUAUGAAGUCGGCUCGGUUGCUACGGACACUGGAAGCACGCGAGGGCAAAAACUCCAAGCUACAAGACCUGGAUAUCAGCAUCUCGGACAAGACAGUCGCCGUGUACAAACUCGCACAGUUUGAGACGUCACGUAGGCUCGCUAAGCAGCAUGCCGAGCUCGCCUUCCUAGUCUUUUCGCAAUUUUCGUACUACUUCAAAGACCUCCAGCCUGACCACAAGCGUAACAUGGUUGCCGCUAUGCUCCCAUGGGUACAAUCAGUCGAACUUCAGGUCAAUCCAGAUGGCGGGCCGACGGCAAACUCUUACAUGCUGCUCGUCAAUCUCUUUGAGAUUACAUUUGCUUCGGGCAAUGUACUGCACAACGAAAUCCAAGCACUCUGGCAAGCACUGGCAACUGGCCCGUACGGUGGCAACGUUCAGCUAAUCCUGAACUUCGUCAUCAACUUGUGCUUGGAUAAACGAGAGCAAAACUACGUCGACUACUCUAAACAGAUUGUUGUCCAUCUGUCUAGCACACCUGCAGGGCUCAAGGUGGUUGAGUUCCUGCUACUCCAGAUCAAUCCCAGGUCAAUGGUGAGCGAGAAACGCGAGCCUAUGCCACCACCACCGGAUGCUGUGAACCUUCCCUACUUGGCCGAUCUCACCAAAGUCUUGCCCAGCAGCAACAAACAGUCGGGCUUUGCUCUGGGCCAGGUGUGCUUAAUCUUGCUCGUGGACCUCAUGGUAUCUCCGGUUGAGGUUGCCAAAGAGCAUAUUCCUUUGCUACUACAAGUGGUCUUGGUCCUAUGGGACCACUACACAAAUGUAGUGCAGGGCCAGGCUCGUGAAAUGCUGGUACAUUUGAUCCAUGAGCUGGUCAUUUCGAAAAUCGAGGACGACACUCCAGGCAUUGACAAGAGGUCUAUUGAAGACUUUGUCGAGGGCAUUCGACAGCAAGACAGCAAGGUUGUGUGGAGCUACGACGACGAAAACGGCAAAGAGGCGACCGACUCAACCACAAAGGUCCCUGAACCCAUGGAAUACGUUGCUGGCGAGGUGAUGAGGAUCUUCUCCUUUGCCUACCCUGGGCUCAGAGAAGCAUGGGGAAGGGUGGCGCUGAACUGGGCGACCUCCUGCCCUGUCCGCCAUAUCGCAUGUCGAUCCUUUCAGCUUUUCCGGUGUAUUUUGAGCUCGCUCGAUCAACAAAUGCUCUCGGACAUGCUUGCGAGACUUUCAAACACAAUUUCUGACGAAGAGAGCGACAUACAGACCUUUUCGAUGGAAAUUCUUACGACAUUGAGAACGAUUAUAGAGGCACUAACGCCAGAAGACCUGAUUCAAUAUCCACAGCUCUUCUGGACUACGUGCGCAUGUUUGGAUACAAUACACGAAGGCGAGUUCAUGGAGAGCUUGCUCAUGCUCGACAGGUUCUUGGACAAGCUUGAUCUAGGUGACGAGAAUGUUCUGCGGAUCCUCGAACAGAAUUGCCCAGAGAAAUGGGAGGGGAAAUUCGAAGGCCUGUCACAGCUCACCUACAAGGGCAUUCGAUCGAGUCUUUGUCUGGAUCGCUCUCUGCGGAUCCUGGAGAGACUGGUGGUCUUGCCUUCAAGUCGGAUCGUGGGUGACGACAGCCGCCUCAUGUAUACCAUCCUCGGAAACUUGCCAAGGUUUCUUCGUUCGUUCGAUGCUUCAGUGCAAGAUCCAAGCACAAGAGCUACCGCCGAGGUGCUUGCCCAGGUUGCCGAGCAGCACUAUCAGUACACUUCGCUUACCGAGACCCUGACUGCCUUUUCAAUGGGGAGGUAUCGUCAUGAGAAGGACUUUCUUGCGCAGACCAUUUCCGCAAUACGUUCAUCGUUCUUUCCCGAGAACGAAUUCGGCAGCCUAGUCUUCCUGUUAGGCCUGCUGAUGAACAAGAUUGACUGGAUGAAAAUCAACACAAUGGAGGCUCUGUGUCUUUUGAUCCCCGAGAUCGACAUGCGCAAGCCAGAUAUGGCAUUGAAGGGUUCUGACCUCUUCUCGCCACUCUUACGACUCUUGCAAAGCGCAUACUGCCCGCAAGCCUUGAGAGUCCUCGACUUCGUUAUCAAUCUCAACAUGACGAGCACGCUCACGCCCUUUGACAGACAGCACAUACGCAUGAGUAUGGCGGGCUCGCAUUCGACCAGAGGGUACAAGAAGCAGUUUGAAAAGACUCAGUCGCUGUACGGCAUCCCUGAAGAAAGUGGAUGGUCCAUCCCGAUGCCCGCUCUUCAUUCGCAGCUGACGAGGGCAAAUGUGCAUGCCGUUUUCUACACGUGCGGCAACUACGGCGGACUGCAUGCCACGGACACGGAGACGCCCAAGGUGGAGUUCCGCCAGGAGGAGUUCGCCUUUAGCCCCUUGUCCAACUACCACCGAACAGCAACCAUGACAUCCGAAGACACUCGUGGCGAUAGCCAUAUCGGUGAAUUAGUUAUGAAACUAGACAGCCUCGAUGACUUUUUUGAAGAUGACGACGACGCAGAGACGUUGACUGACUUGCCCGACUUUUCUUCUUCUUCGGCGGGACGAUUUGCAAAUGGGUCAUACCCUCAUGACAUGCGCGAAAAUCUAUACGACCAGCAGACGGCACCCAUUCUUCACAAGUCGCUUACGCGUAACGCGUCUGUGACAUCCUUUCAAUCGGGUUUUAUAUCGGACGUCAAGCUCUCACCAGCCCGAGACCCUGGCGUCAUGACGCCAGGUGCUUUCAGCUCCUUUGCUGGUUCCUCUACUUCGCCUUUGCCCCCGACAAGCAAUUCUUCGCGUCCAAACCUCCAUGCCCGCUCUGUAACCUCGCCAUCCGCACCAAAUCAGCCCCAACGGAUUUCCCCCUCUCUUUCAUCAACAAUCCUGGACGAGCAUGGCGAGACGUUUUCUGACGAUGAGUACGCUACCGGGCGAUCUAAUAGUACUGAUAAGAGCGGCACGUUCAACCUUGAUAACGUGAUCAGGCCUAUGGCGCAGGAUACGAGGAGUCGAUUCAGGAGUGGCAUGCGUAGGCUGACUGGGGGCGGCGAUGGCAAAGACGGCACGAAGACAAGAGACGCGAUCAAGCUGGCUCUGCAAAAGAGUCCUCAAGUACCCAAGGUGCCGGACAUCUACCUUGUCAAUCCCAAGAGUGCCGAUCUGUAA